AUGAAUCCGUUAUUCCCUAAAAAUCUACUUAAAUUAAUCUCUAUUGGCGAAAUUAAGACUUCAUUAAUGGUAAAGGAAUCAAAUCCUGUUCAAUCUACAGAUACCCACUCAUGGAAUUAUGAUGAAAAUUUUCCCAAUGAAAUCGACCCCGACUCAAGAACAGCCACAUCAAAUGAAGAAACACUCUACAAUUUCUCUUUUCCCAUUUAUUCCUUUGGAAAGACAUUAUUAUUCUCCAUCGAAGAGAAUUUCAUAAAUAUAUCACCGAUUUUUGGUAAUAUGAUAAGUAGAUCUAUUGUUUCACAAUUGGCUAAAACCUCCCCUGACAUAAUAAUUAUUGGUACUUCUGAUAGAAUCUCCAACAUGAAAAUAAUGACGGAAGACGAAUGUACACUCCAACCACCAGAAUUCGUAACAGGAUUCAUAGGAAGUGCCCUCACACAAUUGAUAACCGGCCCUAAUAAGGGAAUAAAGUUCAAAUGUCUUGUCGUGCCUAGCGAAGGUCCUAACGGUUUCGAAAAAUUCUCAUUGUCCGAUAUGGGCUCGUUGAUUGAUGUCUGUAGUCAAUGGUUCGGACUUGAUCAUUCAAAGUAUUCCGAAGAGUGCCAUCGUCUUUGGAGAUGUGAUAGUGCAGCCUUUGGUGCCCAAUCAGGCCUAUACAUAUGA